CUACCCUCUUUUAUUUGAGUUGCAAUUUUGUUUUGGGGAGGCAAUAUGUGUCGGAUUUGUGAGGGGAAAGCGAACCACCCCAUCCAUCUACACCACUAAAACAAAAGCCCCAACACACAAGUCGCUGAUUCUCUUCCAGUGCAGAAAGGACAGAGGUUGAGGGCUGUCGGUGUGUGUGUGUGUCUCUCUCUCUCUCUCUCGCGUGUAAAGGAUGCAUUGGUGCCUGGGGUCCGCAGCGUUUCUCCCGGACUCGACUCGACUCGACUCAGCACCCCCGGACAUGGCACAUACAGGAGGACACCUCGACCUCUUCACCCCGCAGGACUGACAGAGCAAUCGGAUCGAUUCUAACCGACUCAUUUGAGGACUCCGAGGGAACUCGACGUUAAAGCGAGUCUGUGUUUUCUAUCUAGAUAUACACAUCAAAAAGCUAAGCCUGAUUUGCUAUCAGAAAAACUCCCAGACGAGUUGUAGAAUCAGAGGUCUACAGCACUGAAAAAGACCCUUUGGCCCAUCAGGUCUGUGAGGUGAGCACAGUAAUGGUCACCUUCCUCUAUGCCAUGGUCAUUCUGUAUGUUGGAAGCUUGAAGGCCGCCCCAUUGCAAUCGAACAGCACGGUGCGAAGCCGGGGAGUCCUGAGCGACGCGCUGACCUCUGACCCACCACUCAGCGACGACGAAGACGACGACGCCUACCCACUGGACGACAUGCUGGAAGAGGUGCCGGCCCUCGGGCCUGAGGCCUCCGGGAAGGAGUGGGACUUGUACUCACCGCGGGUGACCCUGGCCGCCCAGCCCCCGGGCGUCCCACCUCUGCUGUUCAUCAUGGAGGAGACGCUGGGGAGGGCGGAGAUGGCCAACCGGACGGUGAGGCUGAAGCGGCAGGCCCCCAGCCCGGGAGCCGGGGGGGUCGACCCUUCCCGGAGGGGGGACCUGUCGGUGUGCGACAGCGUCAGCCGCUGGGUGACGGACCGCCGAGCAGCAGUGGACGUCCAUGGUAAGAUGGUGACUGUCAUGAUCGAUGUGCCUACCUCCACCGGGCCCCUCAAGCAGUACUUCUAUGAGACAAAAUGCAACGAGCGAUCCUCGACAGCGCAGGGUGGUUGCCGUGGUGUUGACAAGAGGCACUGGAUCUCCGAGUGCAAGACCAAGCAAUCCUAUGUCCGCGCCCUCACCAUGGACACUCAGAAACGUGCUGGUUGGCGCUGGAUACGCAUUAACACAUCUUGCGUUUGCACGCUAAUUAGCCGGACGGGCAGAAUGUGACCAAAACAGCCUUUCCUCCAUCCAUUCCCCCAUCUAUUGAUGUUAUCUAUGUGUUUUUUUUCCUGUAAAUAUAUAAAGUAUAUAAAUUAUUUCACUUAAGAUUAUGGAUUGCAUGUACAAAAAACGAACCCCAAAAGGGACCUUUAUACUUUGAGCGAUUGUAUUUAUUAAUCCUGAAUUUGCAUAUGGCGACUGUUGUAUUAACUUAU